AUGGCGCAUUUUGGCAUCCAGCAACAGUCCCACUUCCGUCGGAAUAACCGCCCAUCGGGUGUGCUUGCCGUCCCAGACGUCGCUGUUUUGGCCGGCGCCGGCGGCGGUGACAACAAUGAUGACGGCAACGAGGCCAGCCAGGACGACGGUGUUUUCCCGGCUGUCUUGCAUGACUAUCCGGCCCUCUUCAACGGCCCGCUGACCGAGAAUACCAGCAACAGCUCCAUCAAGGACACCAGCGAAAACAGCUCCCCCAUCAGCGUCAAGCUCACCCUAAAAUCCAACCUCCUGUUCAGCUUCAUAUUCGUUGAGAAUCCUCCAAACCUUGCCGAGUGGCGCCAGAAACUGUUCGACUUGGACGAGACCGUGUUUCUAAGCCAGCAGGAAUAUGACAUGUACUUCCCUUGGAUAGACAAAGUGUAUUCGCAUCAGUCAACACAGCGGUAUAAGCGUAAGUCUUUUGUCUCCCACUACUUCGACUGUCGUAUGAAGGGAAGAGCCCCUGGGACACCCAAGUCUGACGACCCGAACAAGAAGAAGCGGAAGCGGAAUAUACGAGAGUGCAAUCUCUGCGAUGUCAAGAUCAAGAUUUCAGAGUAUCAGACGGAGACCUCCUCAGCCAUGGCGGGCCUCCAGACGGCCGAUGUAGCCGGGGUUGACAGCGAAGCGCUGGCAAAAGCCUUUUCUCGCUUCAAAGACCAAUCAUUUUGGUCCAUCCAGCGUGUCAAUGGAAACGGCACAAAUGGGGUUGGCGACGGCAAACCCUCGAAACACAGACACACUUUGGGAAAGAGUGACGAGAUCAAAAAGUGUAGCGUUCAGCGGUGGCUGGCCGCACGCCAGAAACAUGCCACAAAGAAUCAGAGACCAACGCAGUGGAAGCCAACAGGUAAUGCGGCAGCAACGGCGAGGAAGCACACCAAAGACGGCAAGGAUGAUGAGAUCAAGUUCUAUGCCGCUUGCUUCUGCCCCUUUUCUCAGCGCGUCUGGAUUACACUAGAGGCCAAAGGUCUCGAGUACCAGUACUGUGAGACGGAUCCUUUACGGAGGCCUGCCCAUCUUCUAGAGGAAGACCCCGUGGGUCUUGUUCCCACAGUCGUCAAGGGUGCACCUAGUCCCAAGCCACCUGCCUUGCGGCCAUGCGAUGAGAGUUCCAUAAUCCUGGAAUAUCUAGAGGAGAUUGAUAGCACCGUGUUGCUACAUCCUACAGACGCCAGGCUCAAGGCCAACUGCCGAUUAUGGAUAGAUUUUGAUAUCAUGACGCUUGUCCACGCCGCAGACGAGAAGGGGCUGGACCCCGUCAAGCCCCGACUCACGAUGGCAGGAUGGAUAGAUGCUAUUGAGGACAAUCCACAUGUGCGCAACACGGUGAGCACUGGCAACGUGUAUACUGGCACGGUCGAUCUUGUUUCUCGGGGGUUUUCAUUUCGGGUGGAUUAA